AUGCACCCUCCUGGACUACCUCCGUCGCCGGCAGCGCAACUCGACCAUGACAUCGUUUCAGCACUCCAAACCUCCUCAUCACUGAGCCUCGAAAUGACCGGCACGUCCCUCAUCUUCAGUAUAGCCACGGCGGCACUGUCACAGACGUCGGCUUCUAUUCCCAACCCAACCAAGUCUCCUGCUGCCCCCACGUCCGACGACGAGAGUAGUGGCGAAUGCAAGUUGCUAGGCUCUUUCGCCAUCUUGGUUCAGGCAGCGCUGGGUGCUUUGGCUCUGUUAUCUUUGGUCUUCAAGAGAUGGAGAGAAAGGCCACAGCGACCCUUGAAGGUUUGGUCGUUUGAUGUGUCUAAACAGGUUGUCGGGUCGAUUCUUCUGCAUUUGUUGAACCUUCUUAUGUCCAUGUUCUCGUCUGGACAGAUCGGCGAGAGCGUUGUCAACGCAGCAGUGACUACACUGUCAGCAGAAGAAACAGACGCAUACCAACCGAAUCCAUGUUCUUUCUACCUACUCAACCUGGCUAUCGACACCACUGUCGGUAUACCCAUCUUGAUUGGCAUACUAAAGAUUUUGACCAUUGGCGCGAGUUACACACCUCUGGCGCGGCCGCCAGAAUCGAUCGAGUCAGGCCAUUAUGGCACGCCCCCAAAGGCUGGCUGGUGGGCCAAACAGUGCCUGCUUUACUUCUUGGGCCUGAUCGGCAUGAAAAUAUGUGUCUUCAUCAUUUUCCAACUUUGCCCUUGGCUGGGGAGAGUUGGAGAUUGGGCCCUGCGCUGGACCGAGGGCAAUGAAGCGGUACAGAUUGCAUUCGUCAUGUUCAUAUUCCCUCUCAUCAUGAACGCGCUUCAGUACUACAUCAUCGACACAUUUAUUAAACAGAAGAACGGGCCACAACUCGACAAUGAGGAGCACGGUGAGCGUGAAAGAGACGGGGAACACGGCGCUCUGUUGGCGGAGGACGGUUCGGCCCACGGCCAAUCUAUCGAUGAAGACGAGGCCCGUAAGACCAGAAAUGCAUCUUCGAGCCCGAAACGCUCCGGUCAGCUGGAAAGAAUCAGAUCCUACGACCCGGACAAGGACGGGGAGCUGGAUUCGACCAGACACGGUGGCGCAAGUAGCAGCUUGACGGCUGAUGGAGAGGAAGAAGCUAUUGAGCAUAGGCCACGAGUAUGA